AUGUCGACGUCAUUGAAAAAAGGGCCUGAAAUAGAAAUCCAGCGACUUCGUUCCAAGGGCUCAUAUCUGCAUUCUUAUAUCCGUUUUGUCAAUUGCACUCAACGCCUUGUAGACAUUGUGUGGCUAAAUCAUGAAGGAGUUAGUGUGCGCUACAAGACACUACCCUCAAAGAAUUGGGUGGAUGUUAAUACAUAUGUUGGCCACCCUUGGAUUUUCCGUGAUGCUAUUACUGGUGACAAACUGGUUGUUCAGCUGAAAGAAGUCUUUGAACCUCCUGCCCACUGCUAUGAACGUGAUGGAGCUGUAAGACGGGUUGUUAUGAUAACCAUCCCAGUUUACUCUUUAAAAGAAUGUUGUCUUCAAACUCUGCGACCAAUUGUGCCUGCCAACUAUAUGGAGAAUUUAGAAUUACCUCGUACUUUGAUCACAGAAUUGAAGAACUCUCUCAAGAGAAAUCGCUUCCUCUCUACUGUGGAAACUGUCCAAAAUUCAAACACUUCAGCUCACCAACCAGCCAACCAUUGA